AUGCCAGGAUCAUACCGUGUCAUCCCGCAAGGCGGGCAGCUGGCCCUGGGGCUGGGGUCCCGAAGUUCUGUGCGCAGAACCAGCCUUGCCUCUGCGGUGUUCCCACCACCCCACCUAGUUCCCCCGAGGGGGACCUUCCGGGUCCCCGGGCCUAAGGCCUCCAGGAAAUAUCCGAGGGCUGACUUUGGCCGCGAGAAAGCAGUCUGCCUCCCUGACUUACCCUGUUCUGGGGACUGCGAGGACCGGGUGGGAGCCCACGAGGAGGAAGGCCGCGGCGCCAGGCGAAACCUGAGGCCACAGCGCCCCCUGGCGGUGGGCGCGCGCCCGCCCCGCCGCUCCCCUGUGCUCGCGCAGCGGUGCGCGGACGAGGUGGCUCGCCUGUCCUCACCCUUGACCAACCACCACAAGUGUCGGACACAGCCUUUUCUGCCCCAAGUGGAAGGAAACUUUCCGUCUCCAUGCAACAUCUCCUUCACCCAGCCUGGGGUGACCCUGACCCCGAUGGGGCCCCAGCCUUGUGGCUGCAUCGACCCCAGGGACUCCCGGCCUAGGCUGGUGAUCGUGAAAGCAGCUGCCUUCAGGAAAACUCUUAACUGGAAGAUUCAACCCCAAUUUGGCAAUGGUGACUGCUAUGAUAUCAAGCCACUGCCCACAGACAGCACCACCGUGGGGCCUGCUUUCUGUGGGGGUAUGGAGAAGAUCUCAGGGUGCUGUAAGGCCCCAAAGAAGCUGGGCCUGUCCUUCUCCAUUGAGGAGAUCCUAAAGAGACCCACGGAGAGGAGCAAGGUGGUCAAGAUGGAAGGGUCAGGUGGAGAGAGCCCUGGGCAAGCAGCAGGCACAGCCUCCAGGUUGGAGGGACCCCCGCAGGACCAGCCCCCAGAGGAGAGGAAGGGCAAGCGGAGGGUCCGGACCACUUUCACCACGGAGCAGCUGCAGGAGCUGGAGAAGAUCUUCCACUUCACCCACUACCCAGACGUCCACAUCCGCAACCAGCUGGCGGCCAGGAUCAACCUCCCAGAAGCUCGAGUCCAGAUCUGGUUCCAGAAUCAGCGAGCCAAGAAGCGGAAGCAGGAGAAGGGUGGCAGCCUUGGACCUCCACAGCAGCCCAAUGUGGCUGACUCAGCCCCAACAGCAAAUCUCACCAUGGCCGGCCCCAGGCCAAUGCCCACUGCUCCGCCCAGGCUGGCUCCUCCCACGGGGUGUUUUCCACCAACUCACCGCCAGCUGGUCUCUGCCUGGGUCCCUGCCCAGGUCACCCUCCUCCCCAGCUACCCAUGGGAGAAGCCACCGCUCCUGGACCCUCUCGUCCAGCACACCUGCAUCCUUGCACCCCACAGCCUCCCACCUCUGCACCCCAAGUGGGGCAGCAUCUGUGCCACUUUGACUUAG